GUGUUUUUACCUGUUAUUUAGCGUUUGGCUGAACAGUUCUAUUUUUCUGAACGGGGCAUAAUAGUAUAACAUGGUUGUUUGGAAUCGUGCAGUGGCAUUUAUUUAAUUAUUGCUAAUAACGUUAGUUAGAUUACUUUGUCGGACUGUGGGAAAGAGUUACCUUAUAAACAUUUUGUGUACUUGCGCUUCGACAACGUAAGUAUGCCAGUUGUUGCUGUUCUUAAUAAAGGUGCAAUCAUCUCAGCAACCACCUAAGUGAUUUGAGGUACAUCAGACUGAAUAUGUCCUCAGACCGAGACGACGAAGAUGCCCCAGACUCGAUUGAAGCCACAAGGAGUGGUCGUCAUAUAAGGCGGCGCCGUUUCGACGACGAGAUUGUUGAGAGUAGCCUGGGUGCUGGAGCCGGGGCAGGCGCCCAGAGAAGCGGAAAUCAAGCAGUUUCAGCUCUUCUACAAUCGUCUGCGCCGUCAAUCGCACCUGUAGCAGCCAUCGUUAAAGAAGAUACGCCGGUGACAACUUAUGCAAUGUCAGUGCCACUCUCACCGCAAGGCGGAGUUUUAACGAAUACUGGGCCACUUUUGUCUAUCGUUUGUGGUGAUGGUUUAAUGGACUAUUCUGAUGAAGAGCCAGACGAAUGGAGAGCAUCGGACGACCAGCUUCUAAUUAACGCCGUGAUGCAAUUGCGAGAUCUGGAGCUGGUGCAUAAAGGAACGAAGUUCUCAUACGCCUUUUCGUACGAACAGAUAACUAAUCGUUGGAAGCAGUUGCUCUACUCGGACCCAGUAUUGUCGUCAGAUGGGACAUUCGAAGCUAUCAAUGAGCUUCAUCCCUCAACCGUGGAGUAUUUGGAACGAAAAAUGCCGUUCUCAGCCAGCGAGGAGGCAAUUCUCGCAUCUGUGGGCGCUCAUCAAGCCCCCACUCAGCAAAAAUUUCAAGCUCUGCUUGAUGCCAAUAGGAAGAUUUUUCAGCCAUGCCGUACAGCAAAACACCUGCUUAAGCAUUGGCAAUUACUCCGACAGUAUUACUUGCUUGCGGAUCAACACGUACCGGUUGCUGCCUCAGAAAAAGGCAUUCCAUUAAAUUUCUCUGAUGUCGAAGACGAAUUCAACGAUCCGCAAAGUGAUGCUCAUCUUAGACGCCGUCGAGAUUUAGACGUGGACUACGAACAACGCCAGCUGCAGCGAUCAGCUCGCCGUGAAAUGAAGCGGCUUGAAGCAGAGCUGCCUCUGUGGCAGGCUCUUACCGAUAGCAUAACGGGGGCACACGCUCAAGAUUUUGACAAUCAAACGCUGGCCGUUCUCAGGGGCCGCCUAGUGCGUUACCUGAUGCGCUCUAAAGAAAUUUCUUUAGGCAGAUCGUCUCGUGAUGUAACAGUUGACAUCGAUUUUAGUCUUGAGGGACCGGCCUACAAGGUAUCGCGUCGUCAAGCAAUAAUUAAACUUCGAAGUAAUGGCGAGUUCGUGUUUGCUAACGAAGGAAAACGACCCGUUUAUGUUGACGGGAAUCCAGUGCUUACUGGAAACAAAUGCAGAUUGAAUCAUAACUCCGUGGUUGAGCUGGCUGGUCUACGAUUUGUAUUUCUAGUCAAUAUGAAGCUUAUCAAUUCAGGACAAGCAGACUUUAUCCAAUGACUGAGGAAGUGGCUAUUUAAUUAUGUAAUCGUUAACUCAUUUGUUCAUAAUUAUUCUGCGUGUGAGUCCGCUGUAUAUUGCGAUGUAGACGUUCCUAUUAUGAGGAAACUAGCAGAAAUCGCAUUUAUAUAGGUUUCUUAUUUAAAAAAAAAAAAUUGAUAAUACACAUUAAGGUAGAAUUGAAGCCCGUAGUAACAACUAUCACAAUAAAAGAGUCUACUGUAAGUUGUUUGAUAAAUUCAAUUUUCUAAUAAUCACGCUUUUUUUUUUAACUUAAACUGGAAGGCAGUGAGUUCAUCUCAAUUGCAUGUACACUAAUGACCGAGUACAUGAGCACCGUUCUCUGAAAAACCGCCUGUUAUGAACGUUUUUUUGUCCGAACAUUAAGUAAGGGCAAC